AUGGACCUCAAUGAAUCCUAUAAGGAUAUCAAGGCUCAGAUCCUGCUUAAUAAGCCAUUUCCUGAACUUAACGAAGUCUAUUCUAUUAUACAGCAAGAGGAAAAGAGGAGACAAAUAUCAUUGGAUUAUUCUGCAAAUGAAUCUGUGGCAAUGAUUGUUAGGAGAGCUCGAAAGGGGAUUCAACACACUACUCGAAGAAACACUAAAUACUUUUGCACUCAUUGUAAAAUUGCAGAGAAGUGCUACAAAAUCUAUGGAUACCCCUUGGCGCACAAAUUGUACAAUAAGAACAAAUCCCCUAGUUCCUCUGCUAAUCAGGUCACCAAUAUACCUGUCCAAGAGAAAGUGCAUACUGAGCAAAAUAUCUCGCCACCAACACAUUUGGCAAAUCACGUUCACUCUACCAUUACACCUUACACCACUGAGGCUCAAAUGCCUUCUAUUUCUGCUUUCAUUGACACCUUAAACAACAUCAAAACUACCGUAGCAGCUAUCAUUCAAGUUGAAGAAUUUGAUCUCUUGCACUAUAGAUUAGGACACCCUUCAUACACUACUCUUAGCUUUCUAGAUAGUCACCAGAUUCCCACAUACACACAAAGUACCCAGCCUUGCAUGAUUUGCCCCUUAGCCAAAAUGCACAAGCUUCCUUUCCCUAUUAGUCAACAUAAAUUAGAAAAACGUUUUGAUUUAGUCCAUUCCGAUAUUUGGGGACCAUGUAAUGAGGUAGCUUAUGAUGGUUCAAGAUAUUUUUUGACCAUAGUAGAAGAUUACAGCAAAUGUACCUGGGUUUAUACUUUGAAAUACAAAUUUGAUGCCAGUGAUGCUUUAACUCCAUCACUGCUCAUAAACUACAAAACACCUUUUAAACUUCUUCUCAACACAAAAUCGAAUUAUUCCCAUCUUAAGGUUUUUGGGUGUUUAGCCUGUGCCACAACCUUAACUCAAAAUAGGUAUAAAUUUGAUCCAAGAGCCAGAAAAUUCAUAUUUUUGGGAUACCCCUUUAGUAUGAAAGGCUAUAAUUUGCUUAACUUGGAGACUAAAAAGACUUUUGUCUCAAGAAAUGUAACACUCUAUGAAAACAUCUUCUCUUGCAAAGGCAGUAAUUUGUCCAGCACUAGUUCCAUAUCUGAUCCUCCCAAUUUUUCCUUUGUUCUAACACCAACCACAAAUCAGCCUCAGUUUCUUGAUCCUCAAAUUUCAAAAUUUGACCAACUUUACAACAACAGCAGUAUACCAUUAAAUGCUCAAAGUCUAUCACCAAUCAGUGAAAGUUCAUCAGCAGGAAAACCAAGUCACACAAGCCUCAUAAAUGAGUUAGAAUUAGGCCAAGAGAAUCUUUUGAAUGAUCUAGAAAAACAACCUCACCAUCCAAUACUACAAGUCCUCACUUCCCAGACGGUCCACUAG